AUCACGCCUGCGGCAAGAUGCGUGGCUGGAUUCGUGUUAAAACUGCGAUUAGGCUGCAUGCAUUUCGUCUCUACCGGGAUUAAUAUGCAAGCAAGUAGGUGACGUCGUUAAUUAGGCAGAUAAACCGCAGUUCAAAGGUUGCUUUAACAGAUACUGCUGUUUUGGAGGAAAAAAGUUUGUAAAGCUUUAGUUUUUUUAAUGGGAAUCUUAUCGCUGCCCCAUAGUAACUAGUAUGAGCUGAUGGCUCGAUCAGACGAUAAACUAUACAUUUGGUUCCCGUGGAGUGUCAUAAGCAGUUUUCUUUUUUUCUCUUAUAAUGCCGAUUGACCUUCGAAAUCCGCAAUGGUGUUUAAAACAUUUUCUUGUUAAUACAGAUCGUGUUUAAAAUGAUCUGUAUCAGGACUUGUCAUCCGCCUUGUGCAGCGUCUGAUUUCUGUCCUGAACAAGUGCCACGUCUCAGUCUGCGAACUGGGUUAAGGCCUCGAACCGGAAAACCUUCACUUUUUUAAAAACAGCAUCGUAAAGCCAUUUAUUCAUAAACUGAACUGGCUUAACUGCUGAUGCAAGCUUGUCGGAGAAGGAGUGUCAUCUGUAUAACGUGCAUUUUCAAAUUUGCUCUGCUCUCCCCUUAAUUGGAUGCGCGAUAAUCUAUUCUUUGUUGGUAUCUGAACGAUUACGCGACGUGUGAAUAAUAUAUAUUUUUAAACAAGGUGGUAAAGGUUUCGCGGAUUAAUAAAAUGAGCCAAUGUAGGACCUUGUACAGUUUGAAAAAGAAAUCAUUUAACGCAACAGCAAAAACAGCUUUCCUCUUUAUUCUUCCUCAAUACAACAACACCACUUUUCUUCCAGAGGGAGAAGAAUCUCUGUAUCACUACGGCUGGAGGGACUGUAUCACCAUCUUCUUCUAUUUUCUCAUCGCCAUCAUUUUCCACGCUGUGGUACAGGAGUAUGUGUUAGAUAAAGUCAACCGACGACUCCACCUUUCGAAAAGCAAGAACACUAAGUUCAAUGAGUCGGGGCAACUCUGCGUGUUCCAUCUGGUCUCGUCCGUGUGGAGCCUCUACGUCCUCAUCACGGAAGGAUACAUUCAAAAUUUUAGCAGCCUGUGGGAGAACUAUCCUCAUGUUCCCCUCAGGUUCCAGGUGAAGCUUUUCUACCUCUUCCAGCUGGCAUACUGGCUCCAUACUCUGCCUGAAUUGUAUUUCCAGAAAGUGAGAAAGGAGGAGAUGCCUCGUCAGCUGGCGUACAUCUCGCUGUACCUCCUGCACAUCACACUGGCCUACCUCCUUAAUCUGACCCGAGUAGGCUUGGUGCUACUCUUCCUGCAGUACCUAUCCGAGUUAGGCUUCCAUGUCUCCCGGCUGUUCUACUUCAUCGACGAGAACCAUCACAAGCUAUUUGACGUGUGGGCCGUGAGCUUUGUGUUCACCCGCAUGGUGACCCUGACCUUGACGGUUCUGGCGGUGGGUUUCGGGUUGGCGCGGGCGGAGAACCAGGGCUUGGACUUGGAAGCAGGGAAUUUCAACACCAUUCUAAUCAGGCUAACGGUACUCCUCACCGUGUGCUUCACCCAAGCCUGGCUCCUAUGGAAGUUCAUCCGCUUCCAGCUCCGGCGGUGGCGGGAAUAUCGGCGGGAGCAGUCAGCGCGCAAACGGCUGGCAGCGAAACUUCCCCUGCGGACGCUCAAGCGGGACGUAGGACAUCACGAAAACGGCGUUAUCAAGGCGGAGAACGGGGCCUCUCCACGGACCAAAAAGAUCAAAGCUCCUUAACUCCUGUCGUCCUGUGCUGGACCCGAUUUGUGCCUUAUGAAUGCAAUAGGAGACUGGUUUAUUGUUUAAAUACCUGCCUGGAUGUCUGAAGACGUGGCAGGUGCCAGACCUCUGGGGAAUUGAGCCAUAUUGAGAACGGUAUCCAAUUCCCCCCUCGCCCUUCCCCCAAACUCUGACAGAUAUUUCAUUCUCUCAUCAGUAUUUUUUAUGUCAAUAUUGCCUGACUGUUUUCUAGAGUUCCCUGUAGUCUUUUGUUUUAUUUUUUUAAUGUUGGUCAUACUGUGUUAUCCUUUUACCUUUCUAGUACCUUUUUUUUUAAUUUUAUAUACUAUACCUGUAAGCACUUUUUCCCUGUUUCACCCCACAUGUCCCAAUAUUAGUGUGAACCUUCCCAGGCUGUAAUGGGAAAGCAGGGUGUGUCCAUCCCCCACCACCAAAUGUAUGCUUUCUUGCAAGUUCUGGUGCUGCCUAGCAUCUGGGUCCAAAAAGGGAAGAAGGAUUGUCAAGCAGAGCAGCCAAGAUGCCUUUCGGGAUUAAUUGUCAGCUUGGAGAGUGAGCCAAUGCGUCGCUUGCAAGACUAUGCAACUUCACAGCCUCCCCCAACCACCUCUGGCCAGUUAGACCUGCAAUGAAUGAGUCAGUAAAAUGGAACAUUUACUGUGACUGAAGUCGACGUGUUGAAGCGUUUGAGCAAGUUUGCCUUAUGAAAACUCUGGCAGAGUGUGACUGUUUUAUCAGGUGUUUUAAAUAUCCGUGAUAUUUGAUCUUAAAAUAAGCACCUUUUCAUAGCUUCUGGUAAUAAAUCUUUAAAAAAAAACAAAACAAAACAAAUGCUUAUGUCUGUCAACAUUUGUUUAAGCUUUACUGUCCUGCAAAUCAGUCGUACAGGUUAAUUUCAUUGUAGCCUUUUUUCAGUGUAGCAAAAUGUAAGAAAUGCAUAACCUUGGAGAUAUCCAUCCACCCAUCCAUCCAUCCAUCCAUCUUCCACCACUUAUCCAGGAUCGGUUUGCGGGGGCAGCAGUCUAAGCAGGGAUGCCCAGACCUCCCUCUCAUCAGCCACCUCCUCCAGCUCCACUGGGGGAAUCCCAAGAUGUUCACAGGCCAGCCGAGAGAUAUAAUCUCUCCAGUGUGUCCUGGGUCUGCCCCGGGGGCCUCCUCCCGGUUGAACAUGCCAAAACAGCUCUGCAGGAAGGCAUCCUGGAGGCAUCUUAGAUGCCCGAACUACCUCCCAAAUAUCUGAGCUACUCACCCUAUCUCUAAGGCUAAGCCCAGACAUCCUGUGGAGCAAAUUCAUUUCGGUCGCUUGUAUCUGCAAUCUCAGUUUUUUCAGUCACUACCCAUAGCUCAUAAUAGGUGAGGGUAGGAAUGUAAAUCGACUGGUAAAUUGGAAGCUU